AUGGGAAUCAUCUGCUCACGUUGCCAAAACGCUGUAUAUGCAAGAACAAAAUUUGCUGUUGAUAUCAAAGUACUUUUCGAUGCAGCAGACCGUCGUGGCUUAUCGAAGAACGUUCGUCGCCUCGUUCAAAAGGCUAUCAGAAAACAACAACUAGAAACCGAAAUAGUCGAUGUUAAUUUUCUCGAUUUGAUUUCAUCUUCAUGUGUCGAUGAAAAUAACUAUGAUGCUUUACUUUGUUGUUUUGAUUUGAACAUCGAUCCAAAUAAGAGAAUAAGUGCUAUUGGUGAAACAUUGCUACACAAAGCUGUACAAGUCGAUAAUAUCGACCUACGAAUAAUUGAAUUACUUUUAAAACAAAAAGCCGAUGUUAAUAUUGACAAUAUACAAAACGAAACACCACUGAUUACUCUCUUUAACACAGCGAACAAAAUGAACAUCGACAAUAAAAUUGAAAUUGUUCGACUUCUAAUUGACAGUGGUGCUGAUAUUAACAAACAAGAUAAUCUACAAAAUACACCAUUGACUGAACUAAUAAAAAUGUCUCAAGUAGGAUUCACAAUUGAUCAAAUGGCUUGUGUUAUUCAGAUGUAUUUCGAUGCUGGUGCAUGUCAAACAUUGAAUAACAGAAAUAUGUUCGGUCGCACACCACUUCAUUUGGCAUGUCAAUAUUUUCCAAUAUUUUAUGAUGAACGACAAACAAACGACGAUGAUUAUCAACCAUUUAAAAAACUUUUUUCCAUUCUUUUGACUAAUGGAUCCGAUCCAAACAUUACUGAUUAUACUGGUCGAACAGCAUUACACUGCAGGAAAGGGAAUUUAAAUGUGAGGGAUGAAUGGAAUGCAUGUCCACUGCAUUAUGCUGCAUGUGAAGGAAAUUUAGAAACAAUAACUAGGCUUUUGGAAGCCGGCGCCGAUAAGAGUUUAUGUGAUCGAGAUGGAAAAAACGCCUUUUCUCAUGCUAUGGUUAUGGGCAAUAAAAAAGCAGCACUACUUUUGGCAACUAAUGAAGUGGAAACUGAACUUAUUGAUCGAAGAAUUUUUCCUACAGAUAUGUUCCUACAACCAAUAAAUUCUGAAAUAGCACAAUAUUCUUUCACGAUGAAAGAACAAUUAAAAACUAUCGGAAAUGCCGAUGAAGUUACUCGAUCCAUAUUAGAGACACCCGGUAUUGGUCAUGUUGAUUUACUGGACGGUGAAUGUAAUGAAAUAUUUAUAGCCGUAGAAAAAUAUGUUCGAAACAUUUUGAAUCGAAUAAGUCAGUUAGAUGAUAGAUUCGAUUCAACGAUUGUAGCAGCAGGCAGUACCCAAGAAAAUGUUAAAGUUGGUUAUCCUGAUGAGUUCGAUUUUAUGUGUUCAUUAACAAAAUUCAAAUAUUUAAUCGACUUCUUAGAAUAUGAUGAUAAAAAUCAGGGUUUCGUAAAAGCUAAAUUGCUCGAUGAAUGCCUACAGGACAUUUCUGACGAAUUUAAAUCAGAUACAUCACAUUUAAAUUCGUCGAAUGUUUUACGCUGUUUUAAACGUUUAGCUAUUAGAGCAUCGUACGAUAUAGCAGUUUUCACUGAUCCUCGACUAUCAACAGGAUUAGCAUUAUCUCAUGAACUUGAAAACGCAUUCGAUGAUACAUUACCUUUAAGUGGUUUACCAACUCAUGGUUUAACAUGGCGAGGGAAAGUCUAUAAAUAUUUACCAAUAUCGAUUGAUUUAACACCAGCUGUCUUUCUCCAUGCAUAUCCACCUCAAGCAAAGAAUGUUAGUAUUCUGCUAGACAACCUAAUGUCCAGUCAAGGUGUCUACAUCAUCCCAAAAGAAAGUAAACGUCCGAUUGAAGAGUUUAUACCGCUUAAAACAAUAAAAUAUGAACAGAAGGCAAUGGUAUGGCGUUUGUCGUUUUCACAUAUUGAGCAAACAAUUUUCUCUCAAAUAAAUGAAAAUUGGAAGAAUGGCUAUCGUUUAGCUAAAUCGUUUCGUUUAUCACCAUUAUCGUGUAAGUUACGUUUACUGGUUCCGCCUGAAAUAGUUGAGAUCAGUCAUUACAAACGAGUAAAAACUAUGCAUGAUUCAACUACGUCUCUUAAUACAAUCGAUUCUAAAACAAUUCAAAAUACAAUCGAUAUUUUCGAAGAAGAUGAAAUUGAAUUUAAUGGAUUAAAUGCAAUUCACAGUUACCAUUUGAAAAAUAUAUUUCUCUCUUAUAUCGAUGAAUGUCUUCGUCUUAAUGUAACGCACAAACCUUGCUGUCUAGCGCGAAUAUUAUACGAAAAAUUAAUUGAAUGUGAUAAACAAGGCUACUUACCAUCCUAUUUCAUGCCUAAACAAAAUUUAUACUAUUAUAGUUUUUAUCAUAAUUUAAAACUAAAAAUCGAAAAUGCUACGUUAAUCUAUUCUCAGUUUAUUUUGGAGACAAUGAAUGAAUUAAGUUUUUAA